GAUGCUUUUCGGAAGAAACGAAAACGAAAGUAACUACAAGUUUUUCAGGGUGGUGUACAAAUAGCGAGUCUUUAUUUGAGAAUAUGGCAGGAAAGGUGUCUUUCUCUGGCUGGACAGCGGUUAAAGACCGAAAGUCUCUUUCCGCGGACCAGGAUCCGACGUCAGGUCGUGAAUACACCAUGUAUCACGGCACAUAUCUGAAAAACGCCCAGAACAUAAUCAAUAAUGGAUUUGUACCCUCUAAAGAUGGACUGCUGGGGGCCGGAGUUUAUAUCAGUCGUAACAUUGAGAAAGCCAAGUGUUACCCGCCCAAGACGGACAAGAACGACAAAGUCGUUUUCAAGUUGAAGGUGCGUAUAGGAAAAGUGAAGAAAAUAGACUGUGACAAUCACCCUCUCCAGAAAACGUGGCACCAGAAUGGGUACGACUGCGCAUGGGUCCCGCCAAACAGCAACAUCGCCACUAUCAAGUCUGGUCGCGAGGAGGACUGUGUGUGGGACCCCAAGCGCAUAACUGUGAUCGGCGUGGCGUGUUGUGUGGAUGACAAUAAACGCAAAGAGCUUAGACAACUGAUCCGCAGUCAGCGGAACACUUCUGCCUGCCACCUUUGCCACCAAGACACCUCUGAUGGGGACCAUGAUGUUCAGACCUGUUGGGUGUGCGGGGAUAAAAUCUGUCCUUUUCAGAGGAAACAUGUUUGUCCAUAAAGAUUCAUUAAUGUAGUAUUCAAAUUGUGUAGGCUACAUUUGUUUAGGUCCAUAGGCCUAUAGAUUUGUUGUUUAUUUAUGUAAGAGGAUAAAUAAAUAGAUUUUCACUUUUGUCCUGGCUGUAGACUCGAGUUUCCCCAAGCACUGUGCCGCGGCACAAGUGUGACAAAUUAGCCGUGGAAAAUGAUCAGAUUCCACAAAAUAAAUAAAUGCAUGAAAAAAUAUAUAUAAUUUCAGGGAACCAAACUCCUCACCUUUCGGAGAAAUUUUUUGAAACCAUAAUCGGUCACUUUUGUGAUUGUGAAGAGCAGUGAUUAAUGUGCAAAUGUGACUGAUAUUUGUAUGCGUUAAGGGUCUUUCACGUGACUCCUUGACAUUGAAGUCUAUGAGGUGAGGUCACUUCACACCAAACUUUUUCACACACAAGUUUUUUCUUCACCAAUAAUGUCUUUGAGAGUAGGCCUACUAAGCAACGAGAAAUAUUUAAAAACUGUCCAAAUUUGUGAAGAGGCAUUGAAUGUCUCAUAAUUCAUUUUAAUUAAAUAUUAGCCUGCAUUAUCAUUUACGAAUAUCAGAGACCCCAGUUAUAGAACUAAUUUCACCAUGAAAAUGCUUAGACCUAAACAUGAACUAGUCCUUUUAUUACUUUCUGCUAUCAAAGCAACUGCAAACUUGUUUCCUCUCUUCCAUAUAAAUGUUUUCAACGUUCAUUCUGAACACUUCCCGCUUUUUACUUGGAAAACUCUGUGACGCUUUCUGCAACUCUUGUCAUGUGGAGUGAAAUGCGGCGCUUGACGCUGUCGUUGAACGGAGCGUUGACGCCUCGACACAACUCAUGUGAAAUGCGCUUUACAAUGACGAAAGAACAUGAUUGAAACUCAAAAUGAGUAAUAUUUGUCUAUUAUUGUUGUCUUUUCUAAUAAAAAGCCAUGCUCAGUAGUUUAUAUAGGCUACUG